UAGAAAUGUACCGUAGUUACAGUUAUUUGGUAGCUCGCGGAAUAAUUAUCUGACCACAGGAUGAUUCUGUUCAAAUGUUUCCAAUAACGUAGCUGAGUCACGUUUCCAAUGAUUGUCCGCGCGAACGUGACGCGCCGAGCAGCGGAGAUUUUUAUUCCACAGCCUCCGGAGUCAGUCGGCUGCGUCACUGCAUUCAUGAUGCACUAAUUAAUGAUCGUUCUGAGCUGACGACGAGUAAUACUCGUUUCUUUUAACGAUUUUUACCGAUCGAUUGGCAGUAUCGCUUGACUCCUUGAGAGACUUGGUUGUUUCCGCGGUUCGUUCGCGUGAUAUUAAAACAGGUAUCAUGUUGUCGGAUCUCACCGAAGUGCCGUUCAUAAAAAUCGGUGACUUCACGCUCGAGUUCGAGCUAGGUCCUCCUAGUCCGGAAUUGCAAGAAGUCGCCAGGAAGGAAUUGAGAGAAUCUCCGGAGCUACAAAAACAGUCGAUUGCACGCCUGCAGGAAUUAUUAAAAGCCGAAAAGGAUCUGAAAUGCCCGUUGGACAACGAGGCCUGGCUGAUCAGGUUUUUAAGGCCGUGCAAGUACUAUCCCGAAUCGGCGGUUGAUCUCAUCAAGCACUAUUACAACUUCAAGGUGAAGCAUGCGUCCGUGUACGAUAACUUGAAGCCAAGCAGGGAGCAGAAUAUCUUCGAGCAUAACAUCCUGACCGUGCUGCCUAAUCGCGACCAGCACGGCCGGCGUAUACUGAUAAUUGAGCUCGGCAAAAAAUGGAAGCACAAUAAGUGCAGUCUCGACGAGGUCUACAAAGGAUGCGUGCUGUAUCUGGAGGCGGCCAUGCUGGAGCCGAGCACGCAGAUUGCCGGCGCGGUCGUCAUAUUCGACAUGGACGGUCUCACCCUCCAGCAAACCUGGCAGUUCACCCCGCCGUUCGCCAAGAGAAUAGUCGAUCUGCUCCAGGAGGCGAUGCCCGUCAGAAUCAAGAACAUACACAUCGUGAACCAGCCGUAUGUGUUCAACAUGGUGUUCGCGCUGUUCAAACCGUUCCUGAAGGAGAAGUUGAAGACCAGGAUAAUCUUUCACGGCACUGAUCGCAAAUCAUUGCAUCAAUAUAUAUCGCCGAAAUGUUUACCGGCGCAAUAUGGCGGUACGCUGGAAAUGAAAACGAUAGACGGACCCCAAUGGUACUCAUUGCUAAUACAAGUCGACAAGGAAUACGAAGCGAUCUCUUCGUAUGGCUACAAAAAGAAAUAGUUUUACAGUUGCUAAAUUCAUUGUAAC